GGAAGAAGUAACAGGAACCAAUUUAUUUCUGUUCUCUUUAUAUUACUACAGAAAGUAAAAGUAAACCAGAUAUAAGUAGACAAUUUGUGCUGGUUAUUUCUAAACUUAGCUGUACUCCACAGAUUGGCUGCUAGAGGUUUCACGGAAUAAGAAUCUCACUGUAUAGUGCUACAGAGUGUUACACUUGACUUGAAUCUACACAGUAAAACAUUACCAGGAUUUAAUGUAAUUUACGAUCACAAGGGACAACAUCUGCAUUUGUUUUAAUCAGAAGAAGUUUAAAAAAUGAGUUCCAACUCCGGCUGGUUUUGGCUAUAAAAAUGAUGACAGAAAUGUUGAAGACAAACCUGACCUAAAGGAUAAAGAUGGAAGCUCCUGCUUAUCUUCUCUGGGUCUUUCUAGGCGUUCAAGCAUUAACUUUAGCAAAUGGAUGGACAUGGACAGAGUCAACAACAAUGGGUCCCUUUGCAUAUUCCUGCUAUAAAAGUUGUGGGUAUGGCUUUGGAAGCUGUUCAUGUGAAACCUCUUGUCAGUACCUUGGAAACUGUUGCCAUGACUUUAACAGUUAUUGCUCAGCCACAACUGAGGAGCCAGUAACAGCAACAGCUUCUCUCUCCUGCAGGUACAGCUGUGGCUACCAUCUUGGAAGCUGUUCAUGCAGAUACGACUGUCGUUACUAUGGAAACUGUUGCUAUGACUAUAACAGUUACUGCUCAUCAACAACCAAAGAGAUGGCAACAGCUUCACCCUCCUGCAGGCACAACUGUGGCUACCAUCUUGGAAGCUGUUCAUGCAGAUACGACUGUCGUUACUAUGGAAACUGUUGCUAUGACUAUAACAAUUACUGCUCAUCAGCAACAACUGAAGCGACAGCAACAGCUUCACCCUCCUGCAGGUACAACUGUGGCUACCAUCUUGGAAGCUGUUCAUGCAGAUACGACUGUCGUUACUAUGGAAACUGUUGCUAUGACUAUAACAAUUACUGCUCAUCAGCAACAACUGAAGCGACAGCAACAGCUUCACCCACCUGCAGGUACAACUGUGGCUACCAUCUUGGAAGCUGUUCAUGCAGAUACGACUGUCGUUACUAUGGAAACUGUUGCUAUGACUAUAACAAUUACUGCUCAUCAGCAACAACUGAAGCGACAGCAACAGCUUCACCCACCUGCAGAUACAACUGUGGCUACCAUCUUGGAAGCUGUUCAUGCAGAUACGACUGUCGUUACUAUGGAAACUGUUGCUAUGACUAUAACAAUUACUGCUCAUCAGCAACAACUGAAGCGACAGCAACAGCUUCACCCACCUGCAGGUACAACUGUGGCUACCAUCUUGGAAGCUGUUCAUGCAGAGACGACUGUCGUUACUAUGGAAACUGUUGCUAUGACUAUAACAGGUAUUGUCCAAUGUACACGACCCCAUGGCCAGCCAUGACAACAGAUUAUCAUGCUGGGUGUGGUGGACACCUGUAUGGUUCUGGGCUGUUUUCAAGUCCCAAUUACCCAAACUAUUAUUAUGACAAUGCCUACUGUGUGUGGUAUCUGUCUGCCCAGGCAGGACAGAGGAUCUUCUUGUCAUUUGCUGAUAUACAAUUGGAGCGCUGCUGUAACUGCGACUAUAUCUCUGUACAUGAUGGUUCUUCCACUGGUUAUCCAGUGCUGGGAAGGAUCUGCUUCAAUGAAAACACAAACCAAACCUUUCAUUCAUCUUCUCCAUACUUGACGGUUGUCUUCAGGAGUGACUCCUCUGUUGUGAGCAAUGGCUUUAAAGCCAUCUUUUCAAGCUCAUUGACCGCAGAUCAAGGUCGUGUGGACUGUUCCUCAGACAACAUGGUCAUUGUCAUUCAAAGGUCGUACUUGAAUUCACUUGGGUUGAAUGGAAAUGACCUUUAUGUGGAUGACAAUCGGUGCAGACCCAAAAUUAACAGUGCUGAGGUUGUGUUCCGCUUCUCUCUCAAUACAUGUGGGACCAGCAAAGAGAUGAUGAAUGGUUAUGUGACUUACACCAACAACGUGCGGGCAUCUCAGUCUCAAUCUCAAUUGGGUGAGAUCACCCGUCAGUCACAGUUUCUGUUACAUGUGGGCUGCAGAAUGGAGCCGGACACUGUUGUGCAGAUACUCUACAAGGCCAAAGAGGACAUCAAUGCUACCAUCACAGGAGCGGGUCGCUUUAAUGCCAGCAUUGCCUUUUACAACUCUAGCAGUUUCAACCAACAAAUUUAUGACUCUCCUUAUGAGGUGAACCUUAACCAAUACAUAUAUGUUCAGGUUGUGUUAGAUAGACGUGAUGAAAUCCUAGAUUUGUUCCUGGACACCUGUGUUGCAUCUCCAGAUCCAAAUGACUUCAAAAACCGCUCCUAUGACCUGCUGCGUAAUGGAUGUCCCAGAGACAGCACAUAUUAUUCCUACAUCAAUGGUCAGCAGCAUUACGCUCGGUUCCGUUUCCAGGCUUUUAAGUUCCUUCGGACACAUGCCAAUGUGUAUCUGCAGUGUAAGGUGAUCAUCUGCCCUGGAACUGAUACCAACUCUCGCUGUAGACGAGGCUGCCAAAAACGCCGCCGGAGGUCUCUUGAAUCCAACCAUGACACCAACACUCUGAUACUUGGGCCAAUCAAACUCAAAGGAGUGAAGCCUGAUCUUCAAGAGCUCAAUCUUCAAGAGACUGAGAUAGGAGAGUGAUUUCAACAUCAUCACCAUUAUAAUCAGUAAAAAAAGAUUAAAGCAUUCCUGAAAAUCUCAGUAUGACUGCCGUCUUUUCACUUUUACCAACACUAGAUCUUUAGUAUGCUGAAUUGUUCAUACAUGAAGGAGGCUGUCCUGUUAUGUAAACAUUUUAACAUGAGUGGUUGAAGUAGUUGUUUAAGAUCUGAAUGGAUUGUUUAAUAUUAUAUUUUAAAGUAAAAAUUUUGUAUGAGCACUAUAUUAAAUUAUUACAAGUAUUAUUUCUAAAUCCUCACCUACAUGACAAUGGAAUUUUGGUCCUUUAGUUGUGCUGUCAACGACAAUGCUAAUAAUCACAUCUGACAGCUUCCCAAGGAUUUAGGUUUACAUACUGUUAUAGGCCUAUCAGCUUAUUUUUGGGCAAAAUUAAAGCAGUAUGUCUUCAUGUCCAACUGUUUCUAGUUUAGCUGUGUUGGAAUUAAUUAUGGUUCAUAAGUCCUGCAUAUACUAUUUUUUAUUAUUUGAGGUUUUAGCUACAGCAGGGAAAAUAAGUAUUUGACACAGCAUUGAUCAGCAUUUUUAUCAGUAAGGGGAUUUCAAUUUAAGUAUACAAGUUGAGGCAUAAUAAAUAAAGUGAAAUGACACAGGGAAUAAGUAUUGAACACACUUUAUUUAAUACUUUGUAGAAAAGCCUUUGGUGAUUACAGCUUCUAGAGGUCUCUUGUAUGGAGAGACCAGCCGUCUGCAUUGCUCAGGAGUGAUCAAAAUGAGAGAGAGAGAGAGAGAGAGAGAGAGAGAGAGAGAGAGAGAGAGAGACCCUGACAGUCUUACAAGGCAACUUACAGUACUGGGAUUCAAGCCCAUGACCUUUACAUUGCUCUACCAGCUGAGCUCGUCCUAAACAGAACAUGGUGCAUAAUGUCACAAGGUGACGAUCUCUUGGGCGGAACCAAAAGUCGGGAAACUUUGGUUCCGCCCGGAUGUUUCCGUCCAGACCGGAAAACGGAAACACCGGACAUCCGGCAGAUUCACGGAGGCUGUAAUCAGCCGAUUGGGCACAGCUGUGCCUAGUUGAAGAGAUCGCUGGGCAAUUGGAUGACUGAAGUACAGAGAGGAGUAUAUAAAGCACAGUUAGAUCACAGUUUGGGAGUUCGGGCACGAGAGGGGGAUUGACACGGGGAGAGCUCCUCUGCUUAGGGCAGGAGAGGUAACUACGUACCUUUUGAAGAGCCCGCAGGCUCUGUUGAUCCGGGCUGCGCUUGAAGCGCACGGAAAGAAGACAGGAGCUGCCUGGGGUGAAAGAAAGGCGAUACGUGAGUGGAGAAAAGGAGCACCCCGAAGAGAGCAUUGUGCUGUCAAGCCUGUGCUUAGUGUGUGCUGGGAAACGGAGCUGUGCUCGUUUUUGGACGUGGUGGCUGUCUGUGGUUCUCUCUCUCUCUCUCGUUGCAGUCUUGAUUGUGGAGCUGCUGGAGUAAACAGGAAAAUCCUAUGGGUCGAAAAGGAACUUGUUCUAAUCAAUACUGAAGGAGUAAAGCAGGAAGAAAAUUGACCUUCUGGUACAACGUAAACAAAGGCUAUUCGCCGUGAGUAUACCCUUUUUGUGUGGAGUAACUGGCAAAAGUUAACUUGUAUAACUAUUGGAAACCUCCAGGAGAAGGAGGGCGGCCCUACCCCCAUAAGAGUGUGGUGGGCGAGCCGUGAGGAGUCCAACUUCAAACAGCCACCGCAACGAGACUUAUUGUGGUCGUAUUUCCCAUCGCCUUAUCGUAGCCCAAGCGCAGUGGAGGACACCGGGCGCUUCCCUUGUUGUGGUGCACUUCUAGUGUGGUGAGUGAGACUGUGUAAUAAAUCUUUUUCACGUUUGGAGUGGUGCUGUGUAUUGCUGUGGGUUGCUGUGUGUCUUGUAGACGAAGCCCCGCAUCAUCCAUUUUCUUCCACUGGGCAGAAGACGGAGAGGCCAACGACCUCAGAAACUACUGUUACUAUUUGUAGUGUGCUGUUUGGAGUACGAAGGGACGCAGACUAAGAGCUGUCCGUGACCGUGAGUAAACCAUUGGAAACAUUCGUGGUGUGAACUUACCUGUGUCUGUUUUGUCGCAGAGUCAGAGGCGAAAGGGUCCGCCGCCCCGUGGUCUCUACGAAAAGGGCGCCCCCGUCUAGGAAUCGAUCGGCCUAGGGGCAUUGGAGAUAGGGCAGCGCUCGACCCGGUGAGGUGGUGUGUGACCUUCGCCCCUCUGCUGACCUACGGAGGAGAACCAUACUUACCCAGAAAGCUGUAAACAGCAGAGCCGCGGCCACCUGUCGAGAGAGAGCAGAACGAGAGUGAAUCAUUGAAGAGCAAACUGGGAACGUGAUACCUACCCAGAAAGCUGUAAACAGCAGAGCCGGUGAGAAAUACUCGAAGUCUCAGUAACAGUGUCUUUGUGUUCUAGCGGCCACCUGUGGAGAGAGAGCAGAACGAGAAUGAAUCAUUGAAGAGCAAACUGUGAACGUGAUAUCUACCCAGAAAGCUGUAAACAGCAGAGCCGUGGCCUCCUGUGGAGAGAACGGAAAACGAGAAGGAACAUGAGGAGAAUGGACUGUGUGAAGAUACAGUGGUGGUGGAGGAGAGCCUAGAGUGGCCAUUGUUUUAAGUCCCCCGUUUCCCCUUCCCUAUUUAAUAUUUUUAAGUAAUUUAAUAAAGGAUAUUUUAAUUUCAUGCUUACCUUGUGUGUCUGGUCAUUGGGGUGGCUUUGGGAAUCUCCUCGAGGUGGAGAAAGGGGCGUGACCUUAUUUACAUCUGGGUCCACCCCUACCUGUGACAGAUUUGGCGUAGUCGGCAGUCCACCUCGGGUUGAGACCAAGGUCCCCCAAUGGCCUACCACGUUUUUUUUAAAGAAAAGCUCCCAUCAACACCCUAUCAGUCCCUAAACAACGCGUUCUCGGGACGAGAACGGAUUGGCGGGGGAGGAUGUCACAAGGUGACGAUCUCUUGGGCGGAACCAAAAGUCGGGAAACUUUGGUUCCGCCCGGAUGUUUCCGUCCAGACCGGAAAACGGAAACACCGGACAUCCGGCAGAUUCACGGAGGCUGUAAUCAGCCGAUUGGGCACAGCUGUGCCUAGUUGAAGAGAUCGCUGGGCAAUUGGAUGACUGAAGUACAGAGAGGAGUAUAUAAAGCACAGUUAGAUCACAGUUUGGGAGUUCGGGCACGAGAGGGGGAUUGACACGGGGAGAGCUCCUCUGCUUAGGGCAGGAGAGGUAACUACGUACCUUUUGAAGAGCCCGCAGGCUCUGUUGAUCCGGGCUGCGCUUGAAGCGCGCGGAAAGAAGACAGGAGCUGCCUGGGGUGAAAGAAAGGCGAUACGUGAGUGGAGAAAAGGAGCACCCCGAAGAGAGCAUUGUGCUGUCAAGCCUGUGCUUAGUGUGUGCUGGGAAACGGAGCUGUGCUCGUUUUUGGACGUGGUGGCUGUCUGUGGUUCUCUCUCUCUCUCUCGUUGCAGUCUUGAUUGUGGAGCUGCUGGAGUAAACAGGAAAAUCCUAUGGGUCGAAAAGGAACUUGUUCUAAUCAAUACUGAAGGAGUAAAGCAGGAAGAAAAUUGACCUUCUGGUACAACGUAAACAAAGGCUAUUCGCCGUGAGUAUACCCUUUUUGUGUGGAGUAACUGGCAAAAGUUAACUUGUAUAACUAUUGGAAACCUCCAGGAGAAGGAGGGCGGCCCUACCCCCAUAAGAGUGUGGUGGGCGAGCCGUGAGGAGUCCAACUUCAAACAGCCACCGCAACGAGACUUAUUGUGGUCGUAUUUCCCAUCGCCUUAUCGUAGCCCAAGCGCAGUGGAGGACACCGGGCGCUUCCCUUGUUGUGGUGCACUUCUAGUGUGGUGAGUGAGACUGUGUAAUAAAUCUUUUUCACGUUUGGAGUGGUGCUGUGUAUUGCUGUGGGUUGCUGUGUGUCUUGUAGACGAAGCCCCGCAUCAUCCAUUUUCUUCCACUGGGCAGAAGACGGAGAGGCCAACGACCUCAGAAACUACUGUUACUAUUUGUAGUGUGCUGUUUGGAGUACGAAGGGACGCAGACUAAGAGCUGUCCGUGACCGUGAGUAAACCAUUGGAAACAUUCGUGGUGUGAACUUACCUGUGUCUGUUUUGUCGCAGAGUCAGAGGCGAAAGGGUCCGCCGCCCCGUGGUCUCUACGAAAAGGGCGCCCCCGUCUAGGAAUCGAUCGGCCUAGGGGCAUUGGAGAUAGGGCAGCGCUCGACCCGGUGAGGUGGUGUGUGACCUUCGCCCCUCUGCUGACCUACGGAGGAGAACCAUACUUACCCAGAAAGCUGUAAACAGCAGAGCCGCGGCCACCUGUCGAGAGAGAGCAGAACGAGAGUGAAUCAUUGAAGAGCAAACUGGGAACGUGAUACCUACCCAGAAAGCUGUAAACAGCAGAGCCGGUGAGAAAUACUCGAAGUCUCAGUAACAGUGUCUUUGUGUUCUAGCGGCCACCUGUGGAGAGAGAGCAGAACGAGAAUGAAUCAUUGAAGAGCAAACUGUGAACGUGAUAUCUACCCAGAAAGCUGUAAACAGCAGAGCCGUGGCCUCCUGUGGAGAGAACGGAAAACGAGAAGGAACAUGAGGAGAAUGGACUGUGUGAAGAUACAGUGGUGGUGGAGGAGAGCCUAGAGUGGCCAUUGUUUUAAGUCCCCCGUUUCCCCUUCCCUAUUUAAUAUUUUUAAGUAAUUUAAUAAAGGAUAUUUUAAUUUCA